GCGAAGAUCAAAUAGAAGAAUAUUAAAAAUUGAAGAUUACAUAAAUAGUAAAUCAGAUCGAGAAGGGUUUUUGGUAAGAAAGAUUGACGACAUAAAAGUGAAUGGAAGAUGGAAUCUAAUUUGAAUGGACUUUUAAUUCAAACUGGACUUGAAAACGCCGAUUCUGUAUAUGAACUGUGUUUAGGAUCAAACUUUUCCCCUAGCGAAAUAUUAAAACGAGACUCAAAUCUUACUCUACGUGAUUGUCAAAUUACAGCGUGUGCGCAACGACUUUGGUUGAAUCAAAAAUAUGAUUUAGAUGGUAUUGUCGCAACUUUUUCCUCUUUGAAAGACAUCCUUGUUCCGUUUUCUUAUUUGAAUAUACUACCGCGUGGAAGAAACAGUAUGAUGCCAGUAUUCAAUAUAUUACGAAAACACUUAAAACUGGAAGUAUACAAUAAAAAAGCUUUACAAUACUUAAGAUGGAGCCAAGGAAUACAAAUUGUAGGCGACCACGGUUUUCAGUUUUUGAUUACUUUGUUACCAAAACCCGGACCAAUGAGAUUAUUUAAGAAUUACAGCCGCCAACAAAUCGAAAACUUGCAAUUUGAAUUUUACGAAUCUUUUAGGACAUCAUUAGCAAAUAAAUGCAAAGCUUUGCCAGAACAAGAUAUUACAAGAAAUACAUUCAAGAAAAACAAGAUAAUUGAUAUAAGAACCUGGCAUGUCCUACCAGAUGACAGGGAAUUUGUCUUAAAUCUCUUAUGCCAAACGGAAAACUCUCUACCUCGUGACGAAAAUUUUGAAUUCAUCAUCAUAGCCCACCGUUUUGGGGACAGAAAUAGCAAUGCUAUGAAAAUUACGGAAUAUGAUACUGCAAACGCAUCAACAACGAUACAUGCGGCCGUAACAUUGUCAUCCCCAAUUUUGAACCAAAACCUGUUUUGGUCACGAAGCGGUAUACAGGACAUAAUUGGUGAUCGUGGAUCUUUAUAUUCGUCACUAAGUUUCCGCUCCUGUUGUAAUUUCCAGACAAAUUUAGACGGCAGAAGUAUUGACAUUUCUAGAGAUUUAAGACAGUUGUGCACAUGCCCUGAGACAUUGCGGUUUUUGCAAAUGUAUGCCGAUUUGCCACAUAUGAGUUCAUCUUCUAUCCAUCCCGUCUUCGGAUGUAUCGCUUCGUGUGGUGUAUUACAUGGUAAUAUUCAAAAAGCUCUUGAAAACAGAGCAUCUGAUUAUUUAACGUCAAUACAGGAAAAUAUACUAAAAUUAGGAAUAUCAAACGCAAGGCUUGAAAUAGUGUGUGAAACCAAACAAGAGAAU